AUGAUGUUCUUUCAGGGAAGCCUUCAAGAGGGCAUUGCUCUCGCUCUGAAUCAAGCAAAGGCCGUCAUCUGCUUCGUUCGAGAUGAUACGCCAGAGAGUGAUAAAUGGGAAAAUGAGUACUUUGCAGAUGAGAAUUUUGCGCAAGUACUCGAGGCCAAAUCUGUCCUGCUGCGGCUCACGGCAGGGAGUCAGGAAGCCGGCUUCUUGACUUCUUUCUGUCCGAUUAUCAAAUUUCCGGCUGUUGUCGUUAUUAGAAAUGGCAUGCUACGCGAAUAUUUUGUGCCCGAAAUCUCCAAGGAGGACUUUCAUGAGCGGUUGACGGCUGUUCUCGAAGAUAGGAAACCAUCUAUUCAAGGAGAUUCAACAGCUCCGCCACAGGAUGGUCCCCAGACCGGUGGUACAACCCAAGCUUCUACAGCGCCAGCACCUAUACCUGCUACAUCCCCCUCUCCAGCUACAGCUACUCCUGCGCCAGAAAAUAUUGCGACACAAGAAUCCACAGAGAGGCCGCGUGAUGGGAGUAUACGGACUGGGAAACAACGGGUAGAGUCUGCGGAGCCUUCCCAUCCUCGAGCCAAGCCAACGAGCUCUUUGCCACAGAAGCGUCCGCAGCAGAAAGAAGAGAAGGACCAGGGUGCCAGCAAGAGUGAGAAGAAUGCUAAGAAAACGCCCAUUCAGAAGCAGAAGCCAACAUCGAAGGCUUCAGAACCUGCUCGAUCUGCUAGCAACACCAGCAAACCUGCAGAAGUUCGUCAAGCCCCCACGCCAAUGCUUCCCAAACAAUAUCGUCUUCAAGUCCGACUAUUUGAUGGGAGCUCUGUCCGGUCUAGUUUCACCCCUUCCCAGACGAUCAGAAGCCACGUCCGGCCCUGGCUUGAUGAAAAAAUGGGGGACGAAACACGCCCCUAUAAUUUGAAGCACAUUCUAACGCCACUGCCAAAUCGAACUCUCACUAUUGCCGAAGAGGAGCAAACUCUUGAGGAUCUUAGUCUAGGUUCAACGGCAAACUUGGUCAUGAUCCCUAUUCAGUCUUAUACGGAGGCGUAUACUGGAUCAUCAUCUAGCUUGCCCGCGCGAGCUGCGUAUGCCACGUACGAUCUCGUUUCCUCUGCAGUCGGCACCGCGACAGGGCUGGUAGGCUCAUUCCUCGGGUAUGGACAAACAGCACCAUCGCCUUCAUCUGAAACUACGGCAGCUACUGGCUCUUUAUCUGGUGAUGCUGCUCGGAGACCGCGUCCUGCUGCCUCUCGAGGAUCCAAUAUCAGAACUUUGAGGGACCAACCGCAGAAAGACAAUGAAUUUUAUAACGGGAACCAGGUAGGCAAUCUAUGGUGUUUCACCAACGUCUUGGAACUUGCUGACAGCUCUUAUUUUAGCUGA